UUUCGCCUUUCUUGUUUUUGUUAUCCUCUCGUCAUUUUUCUCUUUGUUAGCGGCCGACCUCUUAGUACUAGGUAAGGGUUUAAAGGUUUUAUUUAAGAUUUUUCCGCCGUUCAUCUUUUGUCGGGGCGGACGUCCAAUCGCGUCUUUUUCUUCAUUGUUGGUCACCCCUAAGCCGUGCUUCGUUCACUAUGCAGAAGGCAUGGCUAGAACCAAGCAAACGGCAGAUCCUACGCGCCUGCGCUUGCGGGAAGGAGCAUCGACACCUCCUAGGGAGAGAUAUUCUUCCACCGCCUCGGCAGUCGACGAAGAAUUUGCCGAACUCUUUCAAGAGAUCGACGAGUACGUCGAGGCGGGGGGGCAGGCGGCAAGCUCGUCGGAGGGUACAGCGAGCCAGGCAGUGGGGGAGCCAAGCGUCGCUCCAUUGUCAUCGGCCGCCGAGGAGCAAGAAGCUGCUCCCCAGCUUAUUAGGCCCAGAGGACGGGAGGAGGCCCAAUUGCUUCCGUCAGAAAUUCACCCAGACGUGGGCUGGAUGCGGUGGCUAGACAGGCACGGAGCCAAGAUGAGGGAUGACCUCUGCGUGGGGGAAGGGUACCAAAUGUGCGUGCCGGCCGGUCUGGACUCGACCGUCAGCCUGCUUGCCGAGGGAGAAUUCCCUGUGUAUGCCGCGUCAAUCAAACUCGGCAUGAGAUUCCCUCCACACCCCUUCGUUGUGGAGGUGUUAGAUGGUUUUAAUAUUGGGGUGGCCCAGCUGACCCCCAACUCAUGGGCGGAUAUCUUUGGCUACAUUGCCAAAUGUGCGCUGAACGACGUGGAGCCGUCCUUCAACGCCUUUCUGCAUCUGGUCUCCCUCUCUCGUUCCCCCAGUGCCGCCAAAGGGUGGUUUAAUCUGAGCAGCCGUGGUACCUACCAGACAGUGGUCGGCAAGCUCAGCAAGUGGCAUAUGUGGAGGAAGAGGUGGGUCGUGUUUUACACGGACGACCAGGAGAUGUAUGAGCGAAUGAGCCGUUGGAACUGCAACGCCAACUUCAUGGAUCGUGACGAGCCCCUUCCACCCCUUACUGCCGAAGAGUGGGAUCAGAUAAUGGUCCUGUUCAGGGCCAACACUUACCACUUAACAGUGGAUAAGAGUUUCCAUGUGCCGGCCGAGUGGUUGCCGCACAUUAGCCAGUUUCGGAACGAGGCUUUUCUAGCGGCCGUAGGCUUAGGAUAUUCCAUGACUCGAGGUUGUAUGCCAAUUUAUGUGCCGCUCUGCCUUGGUCUUAUUCAUUUUUCUAACUUUGGAUUUCUUUUGUUCUCAGAGGAAGGAAUGAGCAAGUUGUCGGCGGCGGAUACCGGGAAAGGCGAUAUGACCGAUUGGAUGGCGGACAUCUAUGAGGCCAAGAUGCAAAAAGCCAAGGCCGAGUUGGAGGAGAAGCAAGCUAAGGACGCGGCUAGGGCGUCAGGGAAGAAGAAGGGGACAACUCUGUCCCAGCUGAAGAAGAGAGCUGUGCCGGCUGGCUCGGAGACUCCGAGUACCUUCAAGAAGCCAAAACCCCUACCUCGCCGUCUCGUGAAGAAAGACGAGUCGAAGGUUGCUGAGGGGGGAUGCCCCGAUGACGAAGAGAUGGGCGUGGACAAGCCGUCUCUGGUGGUGGACUUGGUGUCCAAAUCGAGGUCCGGUGGGCAUCCGGACGAGCUGGAGGACCCUCUUUCGGGAAUCCCGGCCGACGUCCGCUCUCAAAUACCGGCGGAGGUGGCCCGCCGAGCUAGGUCUUCGGGCGGUAAGUAUUAUUCGAACGUCGUUCAGACGUAUCGAGCCUCCUCUGGCAGUUCUUCUUACUCUCCGCGUCAUCCUAAGGCCGUUGUUUUUCCUAUAGCCAAAGACAAAGGGAAGGAUGCAGCUGCUGCCGAGGACGAGAACGUACCUGCUACUCCCCACUAUUCGUCAAAGGAUAGGGUGGCUAUAUGCCGCAAGGUUUUUAAGGCCGUCCCCGCAGAGUAUGUUGCUUCUCUUCCUGGCCGCAAGACUAACGCCCAGUUUGGUGCGAUCCAGGCCACUCUUCUCGACUUGUUCUGCCGCAUGGAAUUCUGCAAGAGUUGGAAGACCCGCACUGCUGAGGAGCUCAAAGCUCAGGUGGCUGAGUCCACCCACCAUGGCGACUAUGCGUUCAAGUCCAUCGAAGAGGUCCGCCUGCAGAUGCAGACGACCAUAGACCUUCAAGCGAAGGAGGUAGCUGCGUUGAGAUCUGACAAGGCCGAGCUGCUUAAGAAGAUCUUGGCGCAGGACAAGGACAUGGUGGCAAUGGUCGAGGAGGCCAAGACAGCGGCGGCGGAAAUACGGGCGCUUCAGGACCAGUUGCGGGAGUACCCUCAGGUCAAAGAGGCGGCUAAGGAAGCCGAGCAUCUUCGUGGGGAGCUGGAGACGGCCAGAUCGCAAGUUCGCACCUUGCGUGAGCGUCUUCUGGAAUCCUAUGAUCAGGGGGAACAAGCGACCAAGGACGCUGUUAAGCACGCCUGGGAGAGCCACAUGUCAGAGUAUGAUCUUGGGUGGUUCCAGCGGCGAAUGGAGCACAGUGCCGCUGUGUUGGCUGCUGAACGUCUUGGUCAGCCGCCCCCUGAGUUUGUAUCAUCUGAUGACGAGGACGAUGCGGCCGCUCCCUGAUUUGCUUCCUUUCCUGCUUUUUUUUUAAAAUUUUAUUCAAGCGUUCCCGUGCCUAAGGGCAAAAACAAUUAUGUUGUAAAGUUUUGGCGCUGAUGGCGUCUGUAUCAUUGUGCCUGCUGAGCACACAACAAUUUUCUUUCUUUUUUCUGGUCAAGAAUUCUGAGCUACUUUUACACGCCUUUCUACGGGCGUUGUUUUAUAAGUAAAUAGGUUUUUUGAUGCUUCUCUUAUCUCGCAUUUACUUGCUCUUCAUAAUUUGAUUAUUCCUUAAUCAAUAGGCUUAAUCAAUAGGUAUGAUUGCCAAGGUGCAACCGAGUGUACACUAAGCACGUUGAUGCCGCAGGCAACUGAGUAUGCGCUAGGCCCUACUUUGGUCGUCACUUUCUUUGGCGGCGUGUCUAUAACGAUAUUGAUUGACGCAAGUCAAUCAAUAGGUAUGAUUGCCGCUAGACAUGCUCGUCAAAUGGACUGUACGGCCAAACGUUCGUGCCGCCUAACUUUGAGCAAACAACCUUUGUUUCGAAGUUAAUCGUGCCGCUUAACUUUUGAGCGGACAACCUUUGUUUCCAAGUGGUUGGUGCCGCUGGCAACUGAGCAUGUGCUAGGCCCCACUGUGGUCGUCGCCUUCUUUGGCGAGCAUGUCUAUAACGAUAUUGAUUGGCGCAAGUCAAUCAAUAGGUAUGAUUGCCGCUAGACAUGCUCGUCAAAUGGACUGGCCGGCCAAACAUGCGUGCCGCCGCGCUUUUUAGCAAACAACCUUAGUCUCUUUGAUAUUGGUGCCGCAGGCAACUGAGCAUCCGCUAGGCACUACUGUGAUAGUCGCUUUCUUUGGCGAGCGUGUCUAUAACGAUAUUGAUUGACGUAAGUCAAUCAAUAGGUAUGAUUGCCGCUAGACAUGCUCGUCAAAUGGGCUGGACGGCCAUAUUUUCGUGCCGCCGCACUUUUGAGCAAACAACCUAUGUUUCAAAGUUGAUCGUGCCGCUGAACUUUUGAGCGGACAACCUUUGUUUCCAAGUGGUUGGUGCCGCUGGCAACUGAGCAUGUGCUAGGCCCCACUGUGGUCGUCGCCUUCUUUGGCGAGCAUGUCUAUAACGAUAUUGAUUGGCGCAAGUCAAUCAAUAGGUAUGAUUGCCGCUAGACAUGCUCGUCAAAUGGACUGGCCGGCCAAACAUGCGUGCCGCCGCGCUUUUUAGCAAACAACCUUAGUCUCUUUGAUAUUGGUGCCGCAAGCAACUGAGCAUCCGCUAGGCACUACUGUGAUAGUCGCUUUCUUUGGCGAGCGUGUCUAUAACGAUAUUGAUUGACGUAAGUCAAUCAAUAGGUAUGAUUGCCGCUAGACAUGCUCAUCAAAUGGGCUGGACGGCCAUAUUUUCGUGCCGCCGCACUUUUGAGCAAACAACCUAUGUUUCAAAGUUGUUCAUGCCACUGGGCUUUUGAGCGAACAACCUAUGUUUCAAAGUUGUUCAUGCCGCUGGGCUUUUGAACAAAUAACUUACGAUUUAAGUUUAUUUGUGCCGCUGGCACUUAUUAUGCUGUACUGGUCGGCCAGCGGCUUGCUUAUAUUGGGAGGGGAGUUGGAUAGGUGAUCAGCCUACAACUUGGUGCUAAUCUGGGCCACUUCUUAGGCUUCAAACAAUUAGUCUUGCUGAGUUUUUGCUAAUCUGGGCCACUUCUCAGGCCGUCAUACAAUUAGGCUUUGGUUAUGCAUUGGAGUGUAUAUUUUUAUAUUCAUUGUGCGAGCAAUAAAUAUUACGAGACAAAUAGAGUAGUAUUAUUUAUAACUUUGCAAGGCGAAUUUAGCCGGUUACAAAAGUAAUUAUUACCCUACUAUGACCAUUAGAGGCCGCCCCUUGG